AUACGUCCGACCUCUCCUCCCUGGGUGAAGGUUCACUGCGGUGACACUGUCUCGUUAGCUGUCUCUUGUACCGCACAGGUAAACGCUUCAGCGACAAUGUCUGGCCGUGUCCUCGUUGGAGUUAAGCGUGUUAUUGACUACGCCGUUAAGAUUCGUGUGAAGCCGGACAACAGUGGCGUGGUGACGGAUGGCGUUAAGCACUCAAUGAACCCCUUCUGUGAGAUCGCUGUGGAGGAGGCGGUCAAGAUGAAGGAGAAGAAGCUUAUUAAGGAGGUGGUGGCUGUCAGCUGUGGGCCACAACAAGCACAGGAGACCAUCCGUACUGCCCUCGCCAUGGGAGCAGAUCGUGGCAUUCAUGUGGAGGUGACUGGGAAAGACUAUGACAUGUUGGGACCCCUGCAGGUCUCCAAGAUCAUGGCUGCUUUGGCCAAGAAGGAGGAUGCUCAACUUAUCAUCCUUGGCAAACAGGCCAUCGAUGGUGACUGCAAUCAGACCGGCCAGAUGACAGCAGCCCUACUGGACUGGCCUCAGGGUACCUUUGCAUCAGAGGUGUCAUUGGAAGGAGACACGGUGAAAGUGGUGAGAGAAAUUGAUGGUGGCCUGGAAACUAUCAAGAUCAACACACCAGCAGUGCUUACCGCAGACCUUCGACUCAACACCCCCAGAUAUGCCACCCUGCCUAAUAUCAUGAAAGCCAAGAAGAAGAAAAUCGCUAAAGUGAAGCCCGCCGACUUGGGGCUGGACAUGACAUCACGGCUGGAGGUGUUGAGGGUGGAUGAGCCCCCACAGAGACUGGCUGGAGUGAAGGUGGAGACGGUCGAUGACCUGGUGGCCAAACUAAAGGAGACCGGGAGGCUAUAGAGGCUUUAGAUGCAUGAGCUGUCGAUCACAGAACUUGGCAGAAGGGACUCUCUAAUGAAUAACUGGACUGCAUUGCAAAAGCAAAACCGGAAGACGAGUUUCGGUCUAAUCCCUCUUCUUGAGACUGACCCCUGAGGCUAUGCAGGGAGGUACUGAGAAACGCUGUCCUGCAGCAGACGAGCCCAAAAGGAUCAUCUUGUCUUUUAUGUGCAUUUUUGACUUGCAUUCAUCUGUAUCAUAGGCUUAUAAUCUGACUUGUGACGAGCAGUUUUUAUGGACUAAUUGAAGCCCAGAACUCUCUCACCAUUGUUCAUGCUGCUGUUACACUGUACUUUACCAGGACGAUGCAUUUAACCAACAUGAAUCUUGUCCGUCUGUAGUCAGACGUGUUAAGACGUGCAGAUUUUGUAAAUUAUAUUAUGUAGAUAUGGACCCGAACAUGUUGAGAUGAUUAUGUGUCUCAAGAUUAGUGUCAUAUCCGCUGGUAAAUUGUAUAGUUUGUAAUUUGUAAGUGGGUUUCAGGACUGCGCAGACGGUGUCUCUCAGUAUGAGCGAGGGAAGAUGAUCAGACUUUUUAAGCGCCUCAAUUCGGAUUGUACAGAACAUUACCAUGACAAUAAAGCAGCCAGUCUUUUUCAUAUCUAAA